AUGGCCGCAACAAAGCCGACCAUCCUCCUCAUCCCCGGCGCCUGGUUCCACCCCUCAACCUACGAUGCUUUCCUCUCCCGCCUCCAACACCUCUCCUUCCCCACCGCAUACGCUUCCUAUCCCUCCCUGAACCCCUCCCACCCCGCAUCCGCCGACGCAGCCGCCGACACCGAAACCGUCCUCAAGCGCUCUCUCCUCCCCCUGAUCGAGACCGAAGGCAAGGACGUCGUCAUCGUGAUGCACUCCUACGGCGGCGUGCCCGGAAGCGGCGCGGCGCGGGGAUUAAGCAAGGUGCAGCGGAGUGGCGAGGGGAAAAAGGGGGGGGUUGUGGGCCUGGUACACAUUUCCGGGUUCGUCUUGCCCGGCGGGGCGAGCGUGGCGGACGGACAAGGGGGCGAACUGCCCGGAUGGGUGAAACAAAACGAGGUCCCGUCCACCCUAGCUCGCUACCACCAUCAUCCCUCCCCUCCAUCUCGUCGUCUCUCCGCCCGCAAUCCCCACUCCCGCUCACCUUCACAGCCAUCCCCCGGCCUCACCAUGCCCGCAAACCCCCUCGCCAUCCUCUCCGCCGACAUCGACCCCCCCGUCGCCGCGGCCAACGCCUCCCGGCUCGUCCCGCACGCGCUGCUGGCCUUCAAGUCCCCCGCCCCGGCGCCCGCGUGGACGGGCCCGGGCUUCGAGCGGAGGCUGGCCUACCUCGUGUGCACGGAAGACGAAGCGAUACCCAAGUUCGGCCAGGAGGCCAUGAUGCAGGGGACCGGGGUGGAGUGGGCCGUGCGGGAGAUGGCGGGGAGUCACAACGCUCCGUUUUUGAAGAAGGCGGACGAGACGGCUGGGGCGGUGGACGCGUUCGUGGAGGGGUUUUUGAAGUUGGGAACGUGA